AUGGUUGCUGGAUCCUUUUAUAUUCCGAAAGUGAACGAUGAAAAGCCGUUAGGCGAAGAUGCUAGCUUUAUUUGUGUAAAAGAACAGACGAUCGGCGUUGCUGAUGGUGUUGGUGGUUGGGCUAAGAAGGGGAUUGAUUCGGGGGUGUAUUCGAGAGAAUUGAUGAAAACGCCCAAUUUGCAGUUCAAAAUAAUGAUAAUAGUACUAUUCGGGUUCGUGGUGAUCAGGGACGGAUUAAUUGUGUAUAAAUCGGAAAUUCAGCAAUCCAGGUUUAAUUGUCCUUACCAACUGGGGAAUGCGAGUAGUUCUGAUGAUCCGAGCGUGGCGGAGAAAAUCAGCGUUCCAGUUGUAGCAGGGGAUGUAAUUGUGUUGGGAACGGAUGGAUUGUUCGGUAAUGUUCAUGAUUUCGAGUUGGAGAUGCUAGUGAAUUCUGGGGUGGAUUCACUGGAGUCAGAUGUACCGGAGAUAUUGGCAUGGAGAAUUGCGCUAUAUGCAUUGGAUAAUGCAAAAAGCACGGAGCUUUAUACGCCAUUUAGUAGAGAGUGUUCGAAAGUUGGUAUUGAACACCACGGAGGAAAGUAUGACGACAUUACUGUAGUUGUAGCCAAUAUUUGUUAA